CGUCACUUUGUUCACAUUAAUCAUUUAGCAUUAGCCACAAAACGAUUGGCAAAGUUGGAGCACAAGGAUUCCAACAGGCUUUGGUAACACGUUUUUGACAACUGCUUGAAGCUGAAGCCACACUUGCCCAACUAAGGCUCAAAGAUGGCUCGCUCACUCAUUCUUCUCUUGGUUGUUGGCCUUUUGGCUGCCAGUUUCAUUGACGCAAAGAAAGCUCAUAAGAAAGACGAAAAACCAGCUGAACCCAAGGUUGCAGAGCAGCAAGAGCAUGCCGAAAAUGCUGACAACGAAGAGCAACAAAAGGAAAUUGAAGAGGAAAAAACUGAUGCAAAUCCUGCAUUAGCCAACGCUAACGAAGAAAAGAAAGAUGAAGAUGCUCCAGCAGCUGCACCUGAAGAAGAUAAGGCAGCACAACAAGAAGACAAAGCUGAAGAGCAACAAGAAGCUGAGGCAGAGCAGAAAGAAGAAGUAGCUGCAGCUGAGCAGAAAGAAAAGGAGCAGGAAGAAAAGGAAGAUAAGGAAGACAAGGAGGAGAAGGAGGAGAAGGAGGAGAAGGAGGAGAAAGAAGAAGAUAAGGAAGAGAACCAAGAACAAGUGAAGAAGGAAGAACAAGAAACGGCCAAACCGGAGGAAGAAAACAAGGAAGAAUUGGAUGACAACAAUGAAAGCAAAGACGAAGACAAAGAGGAAGAUAAGAAGGAAGACGACAAAAAAGCCUUCAAGUGCAAUCUGAAGUUCACCAAGGUUGGCUGCUUCAAGGAUCAAGGGAAAAAAGAAAGACCAUUAGGCCUCUACGUUAUGAAAGACGUCAAGAUGGCAUCAUUCCAAAAGAAGAGCCUCACAACAAAAUCCGCCGUCUUUGACAGCGGCCUUCCAGAUUUUGCUUGUCGAUGUGCAAACGAGGCACUUAACCGCGGAAAUGCUGUUUUUGGAAUCCAGAACAUCGCUGAAUGCUGGACUGGCCCGGAUGAUGCAAAGUACGACAGAGACGGACAAUCAGAUAACUGUGUUGGCUUUGGGAUGAACAAAUGCAACAAGGAAGAUUCUCUUUGCGCUGGGAAGAAUGGAUCUAACUUCGUCUACUACAUCGAUGUACCUGAACACACAAAAUCUGCCGAAGAGGCCAAAAAGGAGAUGGAAGAACUGAAGAAGAAGAAAGAAGCUGAGAAGAAGAAGCAGGAAGAAGCAAAGAAGAAGGCAGCUGCCAAAAAAUUGAAGAAGAAGGGAAAGAAAGGCAGAAAGGCAAAGAAGCAUGGCAAGAAGCACGCUUAAAAGAUAAGAGGAACACCAUCUUGCAGAGCGACCAGUAUCCCAUCACAGGAGAAAUGCUUGAUUAGUUGUCAUUCAUUCCAAGAUUGUGAAGAAUCUCUAUGAGAUGAAAAUGCAAUUCUCAUGUGAAAUCACCCGAAGACUAUCGUAGAUAAAAUAAUCUUCAAUUAACACCCAUACUAAUGAUUGUUGUCGAAAUUUUGUAGCAAUUUUUGAAAAAUUUCUUAGUGCAAAAAUAUAAA